UAUGCAUAUUGCUCACUAUAUUCCGGAAUUAGUGUCCCGAAUCCUGUUUUCAAAGAGAAGGUAUCGCGCGUGUAUGUUGUACAUAAGCCGUGAAGUGAGAUCGUCGGCUUGAGAAAUGACAAUUUGUAAAUUAUAUACAUAUUAUGUAAAUCUUAUUGUGAAUGAAUUGUUGAUUACCGUCGAGGUGGCGUACGUUACCGUAUCUUUAUCGUUGCCGUCAUUUUAACAUCGUUGAUUCCGUGCGAGCUCGGUGAGUCAAAAUGGCGUGAACCGAUCGCGUUUUUAAGGUUAUCUUCGUUCGUGGUGGGUUAAUGCGCGGCAAGGCUGUGUACAUAUUUUGUGUUCCUUUCUACGAGUGAACACUUUAGAUUUAUCACAGUGCCACGUUAACAUCUCGUUUACUGUGCUGCGAGUUAUAUGAAUUAUGAGGACGGAAUGCCCGCAGGCGGUAACAAUCGUAUCCGCGAUUAUUAUCCAGCGCGGAUGUCCGAACGACAACAACUUGCACUACUUUUGCAAAUAACUUCUCAGGAAGUACCAGGUGGAAGUCGAUCAGACAAUACAAGCACAACGAAUAUUCCUUCAAAAAGUUCAUCAUUGCAACAACAGCGCAAUCCGAAAAAUCGUUGGUCCAAUAAAAAUGGAGAAUCAUUUAUUCAGACAACAAUCAAUCACAAAGAAGACUUUCGAGUACAGCAGAUACUUAUGAGUGGCUAUAAUAUAAAUGCAUCUAGGGAAAUAAAUGAAACGGACAUUGUGGAAACUGCUGGUCCAUCUGAAGAAAGUAUCACAUCCACUCUCAACAGUCCACGCUCUCCUGAAAUAGGCAUAGUGACGGCGACAGCAGCAGCAGUACCACCAUCACCACCAUCAUCACCACCACUAUCACCACCACCAUCACUAGGUCAAGGUUCAAUGGAAACUUCGUCAAAGAUGCCAGUCAACGCCUCGUCGGUAAAUCCAAGUACCGCAUCAGGCACUGGCAAUGCAUCAUCAUCUACUGAAAGUGGUGAUAUAUAUGAGUUUAAAAGUUCAAAAGAGCCAACACCAGUGAGAGGUGCAAGCUCGUCUCCAAAUCCUAAUUUAGACAAAGACAAAGAUGGUGGCGGCAAACCCUCUGGUCCAAAUGGUCAAGGUAAUCAAAGUGGUGGAAGUAGCGCGUCUACUAUUGGCAACUCAUUGACAUCUAUCAAUGAAGCAACAAUAGCACCAUUAGUUUCUUCCGAUGAGACUUUAUCCGUUCCAACGUCUUCACCAUCGUCAAAACGUAUUUACGAAGGUGACAAUACAGAGGAACAAGACGAGGAAAAUCGACGAAAAAAGCGUAAGGAUUCUGAGAACGCAAAAGAGAGUACGAAAAAUAAUCCAACUGGAAGACAAAGUACUGGUAGAAACGCUGCCAAUAGUGGUGAGAAGUGUAUUAAAUCUGGUAAGCAAGGAUCUGGGACAGUAACCGGUAAAGGAAAUCAAAAUACCAAUUCCGUAAAUGCGGAUAGAAAGAGUCCUAGUACCUCUUCGAUGGCUAGUAGCCCGAAACCUUUAAAUAUUUCUAGUUCAACAAUCACGAAAACUGGUACUCCACUACCUGAAUCUGAUGGCGAAGAAGAUCGAUCAAAAUGUUCCGAUUCUAAUUCUGCUCCUAAAGUACCACCUUUAAAGAUAGUUAUACCACAGAGUACAGCAUCGGAACAGGAACAAGGCAAUAGAAAUGGUAAAAAUGUUGCGAAUAGAAGUCAUCAGUUACCCUAUGUAGUGGCUAGUUCAAACAGUAACGAUUCGACUGAAAAAGAACAAAGCCAAUUAACUAGCGGUACUACUAGUCCUACGGAAGGUAGUAUUGGCGUAAAAGGAGAAGACAAGAAAGAUUUUAGUGGAACUUUGCACGGAGAAGAAAGAGCGAUGCAUCAUCAACGUGUAUUAAGAAGUUCACACAGGACGGGAAAUGGUAAUAAUGGUUCUACGAUGCCAAAAGAAGCUAUCCCUUUAACAGGUAAUGGAGGUUAUUCCAAUUUAUCACCAUUACCAGCUAACGCUACUAUAGAUCGUUCGAAUAACUCUUCGCCACAACAAAGACAUCACUCGCCAACACCAGAAACUAUCGGAUCCGAUGUAAGUAAGACUACUUCGUCGGAAUCCACAAUUACAGGAGCCAUCUCGAAAUGUAAUACAACUACGGAAAAACCGGAUAAAAAUACAGACGUUGCCGGAAAAAAUCAAAAAGAUAAUAAUGCGGAAAAUUUGGAGAAUAUCUCUUCGACUACGUCUUCAACGAUAUCUAACGUUAAUACGCCAGCACCACCCGUCGAGCUUCAUCCCAGAAAGAGAAAAAUGAAGCCAAGUAAAGAGGCACAACAGGCCGCAGCUACAGCUGCUGCUAAUGAAACAGUCGAGACUACUAGUACAGGGCCAGAAAUUCAUCCACAUGAUCAACCAAUUACCAAUUGUUAUCAAUUAUUUCUUAAUAUCAGGAAACAGAUCGAAAGAAGACGAAAGGGCUUAUUCCCAGUUCAACCAAAACCUCCUCAAGGUUUUAAGGAUUACUUGAUGAAUCAUGAAGUAUAG